AUGGUGGGGCCAUGGUUUGGCUCUUUAAGACUGUCUGGAGCCCGUUCAGGGCCUGGGAGAAGCCUUGGCGAUGCCCUAGCGGGCCCGGGAUGGAUUGAGUGGGGUGAAAACUUGCGGAAACUGCCCAGAAUUUCUGAAUCUGUUCUAGUUGCCGAUUCAGGUGGUGGUUGCGGUGGUGGAGAUAAUGGAGGUGAAGGUGGAGAUGGAGGUGAGGAAGACCGAGGUGGAGGUGAGGACGAAGGUGCAGGUGGAGGUGGAGGUGGGGGUGGAAUGGAAGGGGCGGUGGAGGCCGGAGGGGGGUUGGAUUUGGUGCGUCGUUUUGAUGCUUCCGGCGACGGUGAAAAUGUUGCGGCGUUGUGGCCAGAUGAGUUGAAGAAUCUGAGGAUUAAAGAGCUCAAGGAGAUUGUGCAAGGACGCGGCAUAUCGACUGGUGGAGGAGGGCGACGUGGCUUGGGGCUAGAGAUGAGAGAGAGGGGGGGGGGGAGCAGAUCUGGUGUUGCGGCAAUGGUGGCCGGGGCUGCUGGUGCGUGGUGGUGGUGGCCACAACUGCGAUGA